UAGUGAAUAAAAAAAAACCAAAUAUUUUACUAUAUAAAACUAUUUUGCAGUUAAAAUAAGUUUUUUUAUAGUGCUAUAAAACUUGCAUUCAACCGUUUGUAUAUUGUGAAAAUGGGAAAUAAUAUAUAUUUUUUCAUUGUGAUGAAUCUAUUCUUUGUUGCAACAAAAGCUCCGAAUCCUAGAAGCGUUAACAUAGCGUUGGAAACCUCGCUUCUUUUCCAACCCGGCGAAGAAAAUUUCUCAUUCAUAAACAAAAUCCGCAGUUUUAUAGACCAAAUACAACAAGCUAUUACACCGGUUAAGGCAUUUCUGAGAACUGAAAAAGAUAAACCAAAAAUAUUUUCAAAGUUCAUUGAAAAGAUAACUCGUAAUAUCAUCAAGUAUGAUGACGAAGAUUUAGAAGAAAUUGUAAGACUUCUAGCAAAUGAAGCAGAAAAUGUUUUAAAUGCAAUAGAAGUAUUCAACGAAAACACUAAACGAGCUAUUGUGGCGUUAUUAAAGGAAUAUUCUAGAGCUGAUGCAAAUCAAAUACGUAAAAAUCUGCAGAAUGCUUUGAAUGGUAACGAAAUUAUAAUAACUAAAUUGGCUGACAAGUUUAAUAGUUAUUACGAUAAUAAUGAUAAAGCUGAAUUGGAUAAACUAAUUGAUAAAUCCGAUAAAUUUGCUAAAAAGGAAUAUAUAUCUGAAUAUACAAAAACAGAUAUACACAAUAUGGUUAAAGACUUUAUUAAUAUUUUAAAAGAUAAAUACGAUACUUUGAACGAAACAGCUAAAGUUAAAAUAAAUAGAGAUUUUGGUAACAUACUUCAGUAUGUUGAUUUGAGCAAAAUAUUGUUGAACGAUAAUAAAAGAAACGCUGAAUCCAAAGAUAAACUAUCUAAACAUCAUGUAAAUAUGACUAAAAAAGGAAAUUUAACAAAUACAAAGGAAAUAAUCGUAAAUAAGGACAUAGAGAUAUUUGUCAAAAGUAUCAAUAAUGAAAAAAAUGGCACAGAAAGAUCAAAGAAAAAUUCUAAAGGAAAUGAUUUAAGAAUUGAUCCACUUGGCGAUCAUAGUGUAGAUUUGUCUAUGGUUUUAGAUGAACUUAAUAAAUCUUAAA